CCGGCCGCGGGGCUCGGCGGAGGAGGAACAUAAGCCCGCGCGGGGCCGUUUUCUUACACGGCUGUCUCGGCGUCGGGCCUCCCCCAGCCUGGCAGGAUGCGGGGCCUGCUGCCUGCCGCCGUGGUGCUGUACGGCGUCGUCGUUCCGUGCGCGUUCGCUGUCGGGAGAAGGAACGUGGACCCCGAGACGAACAUGAACAUCAGUCAAAUUAUCACGUUCAGGGGAUACCCCAGUGAGGAGUAUGAAGUGAUAACAGAAGAUGGGUACAUUCUUUCUGUUAACAGAAUUCCUUAUGGAAGAAAAGAUCUGGGACAGAGCAAAGGUCCAAGGCCUGCUGUGUUUUUGCAGCAUGGUUUGCUUGCUGAUGGCACCAACUGGAUCACAAACUUGGAUUACAACAGCCUUGGCUUUAUGCUAGCAGACGCAGGCUAUGAUGUAUGGCUGGGAAACAGCAGAGGGAACACCUGGUCCAGGAAACAUAUACACUUCACAGUGAAGCAAGAAGAGUUCUGGAUUUUUAGCUUUGAUGAAAUGGCUAAAUAUGACAUUCCAGCUUCUGUGGACUUCAUUUUGAAGAAAACUGGCCAGGAACAACUAUUUUAUGUUGGCCAUUCACAGGGCACCACCAUGGCUUUCAUUGCUUUUUCAACUUUGCCAAAGCUGGCCAAAAUAAAAAUGUUCUUUGCCUUGGCACCAGUAGCUACAGUCAAGUUUGCCACUAGCCCUCUGACAAAGUUGGGAGCGUUUCCUGAUCUACUUAUCAAGAACUUGUUUGGAAAGAAGCAAUUCCUUCCUCAGAAUUUUUGGCUGAAGUGGCUUGCUACCCAUGUUUGCACCCACAGAAUACUUGAUGACCUUUGUGGCAAUGUAUUCUUUCUUCUGUGUGGCUUUAAUGAGAGAAACUUGAAUAUGAGCCGUGUGGAUGUGUACUCAUCGCAUUGCCCUGCAGGGACAUCUGUACAAAACAUGAUCCACUGGAGCCAGGCUGUGAAAUCUGGGGAACUCAAAGCUUAUGACUGGGGAAGCAAGGCUGCAAAUAUGGCUCACUACAACCAGUCUACUCCCCCUUUCUACAAAGUAAAAGAGAUGACUGUACCAACUGCUGUAUGGACUGGUGGACAGGACUUGCUGGCAGACCCAAAGGAUGUUGCCAUGCUGCUAACUCAGAUCACAAACUUGGUUUACCACAAACACAUUCCAGAAUGGGAACACUUGGAUUUCAUCUGGGGCCUUGAUGCACCUCACCGCAUGUAUAAUGAAAUGAUUAACAUGAUGAGGAAGUAUUUGUAAACCAGCAUUGUAUUUCAGAGUAUUAGUUCACCAGAAAUUCACCUUUCUGGAGCAUUUGCUUUUCUGGCAAUAACGCUACAUUGCUUAUUUAUGUUGUGUUUUUAAAAUGCCAGCAAUGACUACUGAAUGGGAUUCAUAUUUGAUUUUUUUUUUCCUCAGUAUUAUUUUUCUCUCUUGCAAAAAUCCUCAUUCUAACCUGCUGAUUUUGCACACAGUGGUACAAGAUCAAAAAACAAGCAGUGUAACUUUGCACACAUCUUGUGUAUAGAUUUAGUUAUGUCUAAAGAUAAAAUAAUCCACUGAGUACCAGAGAACUUGAGAAUUUAGAAGUGUUUUGCUCUGUGUAAAACGCUGCCACUUCUUACUACAUUGCCAUUUCUGAGUACCUUUCAGAAGUACUCCUUGUACUGCAGCGACCCCAUUUGAUGCUGGUACUUCAAAAAGCACUUAGUGACUUCCUGAUGUGUUAUUUUAGCCAUUAUUCAGAAGUUAGCUACAUCAGAUGACUUCCUUUUUCAAUAUUGCCAAGAAGAAUUGUCUUGAAGUCAUAGAAGAUCACCACUGUCAAUUGGAAAUCAAGAAAAAUGCACUAAUCACACAGCAUCACUGAAGGUUUCCAUGUUCCACGUAAUAGCUAUGGAUAAGGAUUGUUACUUGCCCUUGCUGAUUCCUAGAACAGAAGAAGCAGUUAAAAGGAAUAAUAAAAAAAACACCACUUUUAUCUUUGUGAAUAGGUUGUGACUUACUAAGAGAAUGACAUAAAACAUUUGUGUUUUAUUUGCACUGACCACUAGAAAACUCUCCCCCUGCCACUAUACUUCUGGUCAGGGAAGGGCCAAUGUAUUAAUUCUAUAUGUUGAGCAACUUAUUUUGCACGGACUCUUCUCCCUAAUCAUCUGCAGCUUUGAAAGUCUGUUUACUUUUUAGCUGGUUGUAUGGUGCUUGCCACCAUUGUGUUCAGGAACUAUAAAAUAGGCUGGUGAAGCCUGGCAGUAUUUAUGUCAAUUUCCAGUUGUCUGUUUCUACAUCACAAUGGGGCUAAGCCCCCCUUCAGUGGGGGCAGAGAAUUCACAUUUGCUUUAGAGGCCUGACUGUGGAGCUAUAAUUGUCUCUGGUAUAGGUGCCUUGCUCUUUCCAUUGACUAUGCAGAGAACUUUGGUUCCUCUGAAUUUCAUGCCUAAUGGAGAUGUAUGAACAAUCAUCAGUUCAUACUGACAUGAGUCAUGUUACCUCAGUCCAGAUGGUAAUUUCUGUGCCAUAGUUGGAGUUUGUUCCAGAUCUCUGUAAUCCUAAGAGAAAGAACUGCCUUUUGUAUAUGGUAUAGAAAAUAGUACACUUUAAACUGAGGCAGCCUUCUUUUUUUUUAAUUUGGAAAAAGGAAACCACACAAGAAGCCAUAAAUUAGGGUUUGUUUUGUUUUGUUUUUUUACUCCUAAUUCAGUCUCAGGGAGUCAGGCUUUGUUUAAAGAAAAAAGUGGUUUGUGGUAUUUCAGUUGUGAUUCCUAGCAGGACCUUUAAGUUUGCUUCGUAUUUGUAGCAGCUACAUUUGCUUCACACUGAUGUGCUGAAAGAAAGACUGUAGGAAUCCCAAUUGACUAACUCUGCAGCUGUGAUGGUAUGAUGGCAAGAGCAAUGUGUGUUACGUUCAUUAAACUUGAGAUAUUUCAAUAAAUGUGAGAGACCUACUCAGA